GAGGACGCUUUUGUCGUGUUCGCCCGUGGCUGGCGAUCGUGUCACCGCUGAUCGUGCGAGAGUAGUGUCAAAUAGUUCGCGGUACCCGCGGAAAGAGGAAGCCAUGGGGCACACGAGGGCGGCCGUAUUCGCCAGCUGUCUCCUGCUCUUCCUGGCGGUCGACGCUUCGCCAAAUAAAUGUACUGUCGGCUGCCAUGGAAUGCAAGGGGGCGCCUAUCAGGAAGGACACACAUACGUAUACGAUUUAGAAGGAACGUCUGUAACGUCGGUUCCCGACGCUCAGGGUGAUGCUACUUUGAAACUAAAAGGUACCGUUGAAUUGACAGUAAAGCCUGACUGCAUUCGGCAAAUCCGAUUGAAGGGCGUGCAGAUCAAUGGAGCCCCAAUCUCGCUGCCAGAUGUUGAAAAGCAUGCAUUGCAAUUCAACUACCACGAUGGCCAUAUUGACACAGAGGUUUGCGCCGAACCUGGUGAUUCGCAAGCAUCCCUCAAUAUCAAGAGAGCCGUGGCGUCUCUCUUCCAAUCGGCUGUCAUCCAGGACUCUGGCUCUACAACUUAUAACGAGAUUGACGUGUUUGGUAGUUGCCCGACUGACUUCUCUUUCAACAAAGAGGGUGAGACGCUGACUAUCAGGAAAGACAGGAACUUGAAUCGCUGCUCCCAUCGUGAGACCAUCAACGAGGGACCCGUAUCCGCGAUCUACGAUCUCAAAUCCGAUAUCCAAUCCGCGCCAAUACUGGGUGCGCAUCAGAAAAUCGAGCAACGCUUCAAACGCGGCAUUUUGAAUAAGGCUACCUCGGUCGAGACCUACAAAUUGAGACCCUGGAGCAACGGAGACCUCAGCGCCAAAACGAUUGUACAGACCACGUUAACGCUUAAAUCCGACAGCGGUGACAAACCAGCCGCUCCCGUUUCCCUGCCGAAAUCCCUUAUCUUUGAAGCGCCGCAUCCUGUCAUCAAAUCGUCGCCUGAUGACAUUAUCGCAGCCGUAAAGGCGAGCGCCGAGGAACACGAUACCGUACAGGAGAAGGCGGCGAAGAAGUUCUCCCACCUCGUCAGCGUAUUGUGUCGAAGCAGCAAGAAUGACAUUCUUGCAAUCUAUCAGAUGAUUGCAACCGGUAGCGGCUUCGAUAAGGCCCACGACAAGAAGCUCUAUCUGGAUGCUUUAUCCCAUGCCGCAAGCGGCGAAGCCGCAGAAGCGAUUGCCGAUUUGAUCAAGAGCAAUGAACUCGUUGGCGAUCAAGCUCUCACGUCCUACGCGAAUUUCAUGCUCGUCAAUCACGUGAACCUGCCAUCGGUGACUGCCAUCACGACUCUUCUCGAUCAGCCGAAUCUACCACGUCUCGGCUAUCUCGGCGUUGGUCACAUAAUUGGCAAGUACUGUGAGCAGCAUACCUGCGAGAACGUGCAGGAAGUCAAACAGGCCAUUCAAAAGAUCCGCGAGAAGGUCGGCAAUGGCAAGGCGAAGACUAGGGAACAAGAGAAUCUGAUUGUCACGGCCUUGAAGACUCUGGGCAACACCCGGUUCCUUGAUGAGCCGACGUUACAGAAACUGGCCGGCAUUGUAGAGGACAAGAAUGUGCGCAAUCGAGUUCGAGUAGCCGCCAUCGAGACUCUGCCUACUCGCUGCUCCAUGAAAUGGAAGAACAUCCUGAUGAAGGUUAUGAGCGAUCGCGACGAGGAUAGCGAAAUCAGGAUUAAGAUUUACUUGUCCCUGGUCGCCUGCCCCUGCCCGCACGGCGCCAGCGCUGUUAAAGAUAUGUUGGACAAGGAAACGGUCAACCAGGUCGGUUCUUUCGUACAAAGCCACUUGCGUAACCUUCGGGCUUCUGCUGACCCAAACAAGGCCGAGGCGAAGAGGCAAUUCGGUUUGAUCAAACCGCGUACCCCAUUCCCAGAGGACUUCCGCAAAUUCUCCUUCAACAAUGAAUUGUCGUACAACGUGGGUGGUCUCGGAAUCGGCUCCGCCGUAGAGAGCAAUGUUAUUUACAGCCAGAACAACUUCGUGCCGCGUUCCGUGAGUCUGAAUUUGACCACUGAAUUAUUCGGACGCUCUUUCAAUUUCUUGGAACUGGAUACACGCAUCGAGAAUCUUGAUAGAUUGAUCGAGCACUAUUUUGGACCCAAGGGUCGUUUCACACAGUAUGAAGCGGACGAACUGGUAGACAAGGGCGUGGAUGCAGCGAAGGACAUCAAGGAAUAUAUCCAUCAAAAAGUCAACAAACUGCGUGGCAAACGUGAAGUUAAACAGGGAGAGCUUGAUAGAUUCGCCAAAGGUGUCAAACUGAGGAACAAUGAAGUAGACCAACAACUCGAUCUGGAUCUGUCCGUGAAGAUGUUCGGCGUUGAAAUGGGCUUCCUGACCUACGACGGAAACCCCGCGCAAUUGACGCCAAAACACAUAAUCGACAAAAUCUUCGAGAAGAUCGAAGUAGGCUUUAACAAGGCAAAGAAAUUCGACUACAAUAUACACAAUCACAUGCAGUUCAUAGACGCAGAACUAGUAUAUCCGACGAAUCUCGGUAUGGAGUUGGCCCUCACCGCCAUCGGUAGUGGCGUGGUUCACACGAAACUGUAUGGCAAGCUAGAUAUUCCGGCUAUCUUAAAGAAUCCGGAGAACGCUGAGGUGCACAUUGGUGUUGAACCCAGCGCUUCCAUCGAAAUCGAUAACAGCAUGGUUGUCAAAGGAUUUGAUGUAGAAUCCGGCAUGAAAGUUGUUGGCACACUGCACAUCGACCAGGCGACCGACUUCACUUUGAAGUUAUUGAAUGGCCAAGGUAUCGACGUGAAAGUUAGCGCGCCGAAAAAGAAGGAGAAGAUUAUCAUGCUAAGCAGCGAGGUUCUUAUGAGUUCUGGACCGAAAGGUGACGUAUACAAGGCUCCCAAGUUUAGCAAGGGUAAGAUCUACAAAGAUUGCUUCGAGCAGUUCUCCUCUCUGUUGGGCAUAACCGUUUGUGGUGAGAUAGAGUUCCCUUACGACAACAUCGAGUCGAUGCAAAAGAGAGCACUCUUCCCUCUGAACGGACCGGCUAAAUUUAAUAUUGACUGGGAGAAUACUGAUUUUUCCAGCGCUCAUCUCGUAAUUCAAUAUGACAACAAAUCGCCCAAAUCUCGGUCAUUCGAGAUUUUGCUUGAUACACCCAACAGCAAAACUAACAGACGCGUGUCUCUGACUGGCAAAGUUGAAGCGGAACCGAACAAGUACGCCAAACUGGCUUUCGAUUCGCCCAUCAAGAAAGCUUCCGUCGAAGCGAUGAUCAAAUGCAACCCUCAGGAACACACGCUCACAGUUACAGUCAAGAACGACAACCAAGAGUACUUUGCGCGAGCCGGCCUCUUGGCUAAUGGUCCAAAAUAUAAACCUAUCUUGGAAUACAAGGUACCAGAGCACAUUGAGAAGCUGGCAAGUUCCAAGACCGGAGUGAAGACAUCCAAAUCUGGUGGUCAGCAAUACAAUGUGCAAGGCGAGGUAGAGAUGAUCGAUCAGGAUGGCGGCAAGAAGUACGUAUUCGAUAAUGUGGCCUUGGUUGCGAGUGGACAAACGUUGGUCGGCCUCAACGGUUACAUCCAAUCCGCCAAGAACGCAGCCGCCUUGGACAUGAAGAUGAAUUACGGCGAAGAGUCCGUCACACUGAAGCUGCAAGGAAAGAAAUUGGGUGAACACCACUACACGCUUGGCGUGUCGGCGUUACCGUCGAGGGAUCCUAACAUCGGCUUCGAUCUUCAAUGGGAAUAUCACAAGGACAAGCACGAAUGGAACAAUAAUUUGGUCUUCGUUCACGGCCAGGAUCUAAAGUCUGAAAUGAACCGCUUCACUCUCAAGCAACACGUUAUUGCGGAUCAAGGAAACUUAAUUUUGGGCGCGUCCAACAAGAUCUCGUAUCCCGCUCUAAAACUGAAACUAGACAUCGGCGGCAAGUUCACGCCCGUUUCCGCCGAAGGCGAGAUUGAGAUUGCUUACGACAAGUUCAAGUUCGGUUCAGAACUAAAUUUCAAGCGGGACCCGAGCAAGAAGAACGAUUAUGAGGUUGAGUUCGAGGCUGAGCUCCUGCAGAACGGCAUCAAAUUGGAGUCCAAACGCACCACGAUCACUCCAUACAAGAGCAAAUACAAGAACAAGCUUGAGUUAACACCAGGAGGCAAGUAUGAUGCUGAAGUGACGAUCACAUUCAACCGCGAUAAGAACGUGAACUUCGAGUUGGACGGUGAUAUGAACCUGAACGGCAAGAAGGUCAAGGUCUUCGGCAAUCUAAAGGAUGAACGUCCGGCAAGCAUUCAGUCUCGAGCCUUCGUUACCGUAAACGACAUCAAGUACAUUGAUUUCCUACUGAAAAUGCAACAACAAAAUGGCAAACCGCAGGGUAAUUUGAAUUUGAAUAUGAAGAACUAUCUGAACAUGGUAGGACAGUUGUCGAUGCAAAACGACAAGGCUAACGCUCAGCUCGAGAUUGACUUGCUAAAGAUCCACCGGAAGAUCAAGGGUACCGGUGAUUUGACAGUGACCGGUACGCAACACGUCGGUAGCGUCGAACUGCUUUUCGACGCGGAGAAAGAUCCAAGCAAGCGUAUCAAACUGUCCACCGUGAGCGAUAUACAGAAAAAUGCUAUCGACUCAAAGAAUGUGAUCGAAGUGAUGAAUCACAAGAUGGAAGUGAACGGCAAGGGCAGUCUUGUCGGCACAUUCCACGAGGGCGAUUUGCUCCUGGAUAUGGACAUCACUCUGCCGGAUGGUCAUUACGUGGUCUACAAGCUCAAGCGCAACUCCGCCAAGAAAAACGACAAGUACGACGUCCACAUGAACAGCGACAUGGCGAUACACGAAUCCAAGGGCGGGCCAGCGCGUAAAAUCUCUUACAUCGUCGAUGCCAACAACGUCAACUUCAAAGACUCCACGUUCCAGAGUAACUGUCAAUUGAAUUACGUCAAUGUCAAUGGUGAUAACAUGCAAAUCGGCCUUCAACUGAAGAAUUUGCUCGGUACUGAUGGUCACAAGCAUCUCGUCGAAAUUGUUCUGGAUCUGACGGGAUCAUACAUGCCACGACCAUACAAUCUGCGUUAUAAGCAUAGCGAGCUCGACAGCGGCGAAAAGUCGUGCGACGUUGCUUCCUCCUUGGGCAAGGAUUUGCAAUUGAAGAGUUCCUCAAAUUACGUACCCGGCAAUCACGCCAACAAGCCCUGCACUUUGAACGGCAACACGGAGCUGAUAUUACCGUCCGAGAAAUUGCGUAACGUCAAACUCGACUACAAGCACAAAUGGCUGCGCCAACACGAGACGGGCGGUACCAUUGAUCUGGAGGGAUACACGACGCUCACUUACAACGACGAUAAAUCGAUCAAGAUCGAGGGAGCACUCAAAAACACUGGCAUUAAUGAUUGGGAACAUGCUCACGAGUGUGACAUAAAACUCAUGUUGUCGAUCCUCAAGCUGCCGCCUAUCACCUAUGAGGAUAGUUUCAAGUACGAACCUAGCGAGGACAAAGCGAAAAUUAUUUAUAAGACAAGUGUCAAGUACGAUCAGAAAGAAAUGACUCUCUCGGUUGAUCCUCUGACGUUUGACCGCGAGCUCUCGCACGUUGAACUAAAGGCCAAGGCUACCACCCCGUACAAGACAUUGCAACACAUCGACCUCGAUCUCAAGCAUGUGAGAGAAGGACAUGCGAGGAAGACCGAUAUGGCUAUCACCGCCGACGAUAAAAAGUACACAGCCAAGAGCGAAAUUCGCGACGGCAACGUUUCCCCUAUGAUCCACAUAAUUCUCACAUGCCCGAAAGGAAAGACCGAAUUGCUCUCCAAAUUCGAGCAGCUUGGCGACCACGAAUACACGGGUGAAUGGAAGGUCGAGACACCAUACGGCUUCGCCGUGGCCGAUGCGCACGUCGAUCUCGAGAGUCUCGACAAUUUCCUCAUCAACGUCAAUUUGGACAGCGACAAACUCAAGCAUCGUAAAAUUCACGCCGAAAUCGCUAACCAGCCCGCUGUCAAGAGCGGCAGGAAGAUAACGAUCACCGUCACCAGCGACGGCAAAAACAUCGUGACUGGAAGCACGAGCUACAAGAAGCACGACGAGGCCGGCAAAAUCACCGUCGAGGGUAACGGCAACCUCAAGAUAGGCGAGAACACGAGAAGCUCCUCCUUCCAGUACACUCGUCAGCAAUUGACUCGCGAGAAGGACGGCGAAGUCGGCGUGGCAAUCGUCCUGAACGCCAAGUUCGAUCCGGCGGCUAUCGUGGGCGAGCUCAAGCUCUCGAACAAGGAGAUUCUCGUUUUCAACAGCUACUGUGAGCAGAGCAAGGACUGUGCUCACGUUAAAUUGCAGUCGAGAUACGACACGGACAAAAAGACUUAUCUGAACCAUCAGAUAACCGUGGAAGUAGACUUAAAGAAAUUCAACGUGCCAGCUGAAUUUGGAUUAAAAACGAAUACCGAAUAUAGGGAGAAUAAACUGGAUCACUCCGCCAACUUGUAUUUGCACUCAUCGAAGGAUAAGUCUGAGUACAUCUACCGAUUCUACGUUCAUCCUAAGGAAAGCGCUGUCAUUUUGACCCUGCCCAAUCGCGAAUUGGUCGCUAUCAGCACAUUCGACUUGCCGAAAACGAAGCAAACCGGAGCAUUCAAAAUCGAUGCGUUCGUUUACUUGGACAGGAAGAACAAACCAUCCGAGAAGACUGGCCUGGUUGCUACCGGAGACGUUAAUAUUCAAAAGCAGAGCGGUUCCUUUAAUGGAGAGGUCAAAUUCAUAUAUCCAUCUCAGCCGAAGAACAUGGGAGUGAGCAGUAAAAUCCAUUACGGCGGUGAAAACCUGCUGGACGCAAACGUGGACAUCGACUUGUUCGCGAAGAGAGUGCAGAAAAUCAGCGUGACGGCAAAGGUGAAGAAGCAGGACAUCGAUAAUCAUGGCCACAAUAUCACUAGCGUGAUUGAAGUGAACAGCCAGGGACAGCAGCUCAAAGUCGACUUGAAAUCGCAUUUAGUGUACUCGAAGAAGGAACUUGGUUUCGGUAGCAUGCUGUCGUACAUGGACCAACAUAAGAAACCGAAGAACGUGGGAAUCCUGUUUUCUGUAAACCCCACGGAAGGAUACCUUCUCGUAACGUCGCCCAAUAAGGAUCUCAUCCGUGUCACCGCGAAAAUGGAGUUGCAGAAGAAUCUGCAGAAGCUUGAAGCUGAUGUAGCGAUCUUGGACAAUCAGCCUCUCGUGAUCGUUUCGGAGUUGCACGACUGGAACAACUUCAAAUACCAGGAAUACAGAACAGGUAAUCCCAAUACGAAAUUGAUCGUUAACGGACGUGUCGUGCUUGGACAACUGGCCGAGAUUCACGCCAAUGCCUUGAAGGAUGGAACGAAGAAUAACUUGUUCCACGUUUUGAUCCAUCUUGACGAAGAAAAGUUCUUGAAACCUGACUUUGGUUACAACAAGGAUAAUAUCAUGCACACAAUCGAGUUUUAUCGAAACCGAAACAACGAGUACAUGAAACAGCUCAAGGAGGCAUCCGUCGACAUUGGCAAUGAGGUAGAAACGGAGUUGAAAGAUCUUGUGGAGCAUUUAAAGAAGGCUCAACCAAACAUUAAGCCACUCAUGGAUUAUUACGAGGGUGAAUUAAAGAAGCUGAAGGAAGAGUUCCAGACAGAUCAAACCAUCAAGGACAUACAGGCCACUUUAGACAAACAUUUCGGAGCUUUCAUCACCGCCGUACAGGACAUCCUGGUACAGAUAACCAAGCAAUUGAACGAACUUCAGAAAGAAUACAACGAGAUAAUCCCCAAGAUCCGGGAAGCGUGGAAUGCAAUCUCUCCCCAACUGAAGGAAUCUUACGAGAAAAUAGCCCACGUAGCUAUCAAGAUCCUCGAUAAUCUCGCCAAAGUCGCCAUUGCCUAUUUCAAGGUGUUGUUGGAUGUGAUUAAUGAGCACCAGAAGGAGCUGAAGGAAAUAGCGGUCAUGGCUUCGGAGAUUGCCCAGGACAUCGCAAAGAUCGUAUUCAAGGGUGCCGCGCAGAUCAGGAAGGAUGUCGAGGAAUUCGUCGAACUACUGAUCAAUCAGGCGAAGGCGCUGCCGAUCUACGAGUACCUGAAGGAGCAAUACCACGAGAUCACGAACUUCCGAAUUCCGGAGGGUGUACUGGCCUCCAUCGAAGAGCUCAGCAACUCCGUAAAGGUCAUGCUGCCAACCCAGGAGCUGCAGCAGCUCUUCAGCGACGUUUACGAGUACAUCAUAAAAUAUAUCAAGCACGAGAAAGUCGAUGACAACAACGAAAUCAAGAAGAUCUACCAUGAUGCACUCGAUGCUAUCGCGUCUAUCAUCAAACUUCUGGAGUCCAGCGGCACCUUGGACAGUCUGAUGGAAAGCGUAAUGGACAUUCAUCUACCCUUCGAGCUCGGAACAUUGGCGAAAUUACCAGGAAUCAGCAUGCCCCAGAUAUCUCUCAUCAAUCUGCUACAGAAUAACGAGCUUCCAACGCUCGCGGAUCUUUACUACACCUACAGGCCCACGUUGCUGCCUUCCGACAUCGUGGCUCCCUUCAGCAAGGUCGGCAUUGUCGUCGAUGGAGGACACUUCUUCACUUUUGACGGUAAUCACUUUGGCAUGGUUGGCGACUGCACGUACAUUUUGGCCCAAGACAUGCAAGAUGGCAAUUUCUCCGUCGUCGCGAACUUCAACAAAGGCACCCUGAUUAGCGUGACCGUUACGGAGCCCAAAGAGAGCAUCACGCUGAAGAACAAUGGCAAUAUCCUGGUGAAUAACAAGCCGGCCGAAUUCCCAGCCAGCACGAAGAACGUGCAUGCGUUCCUCAUCGACCCGACCGCGCACAUCAAGUCCGACUAUGGCGUGCACGUCACAUGCAGUUACAAAACACCUAUGCUCUGCACGGUCCGCGUGUCCGGCUUUUAUCAUGGAAAAUUACGUGGUCUCCUCGGCGACGGCAACAACGAGCACUACGACGAUUACAUGUUACCAUCUGGAAAGAUUACCGAGAGCGAGGCUGAAUUUGCCAACGGGUACAAACUGAAGCCCGAUUGCGCGGCUGUAAACGCAAUCGAUCACAAGACGCACCAGCGUAAUCCAACCUGCACUGACUACUUCACCGGCGAGAAAUCCACGUUGAAAAAGUGCUUCAGCUAUGUUAAUCCGACUGAUUACCGAGCAGCUUGCGACGUCGCUGCCAACGGAAACCCGCAAGGAGCUUGCUUGCUCGCCACCACCUACUACGCCGCUUGCUAUUAUAAGCGUGUUUCCGGAAUAAGCAUCCCAGCCACUUGCACAAAUUGCAAAGUUGGUGCGGAGACGAUCUCUGUCGGUGACGGCUUCAGCGUGAAGACCCCGAACAACCAAGCCGACAUUGUGGUGGUGAUCGAACAAGCCGCCCAGAACGAGAAAGUUUUCAAAGACCUGAUACCGACAUUGAUGACUGACCUGAGAGAAGAACUGAAACAGCAGGGCAUAACGGAUGUUCACAUCGGCCUGAUCGGUUAUGGCGAUCAUAUGAAGUGGCCGCAACACUACACUUCCGGCGGCAAUAUCAAUAUCGAGGGCGACGUGAAGAACAUGAAAUUCGAGCAGCCGAAGCCGAUUGUGACUCUCGAGGAGGCCAAGAAAGGUACCAAUGAGAAGAAGAUCGAAUACCUUGAGCAAAGGAUGAACAUAGAACUCGGUACUUUCAAAUUGACCGAUGCCUAUCAGGAAGCUAUCAACUAUCCGUACAGACCUGGCGCGGUCAAGGCUGUCGUCGGAGUCAUCGCUACCCCGUGCGAGAAGAGCCCGCUCCCCAUAUCGCUACAACAAUUACGAAUCCUAUUGGCACGAAUGGUGUAUGAACAAUUAGGAUUGACUUACUAUCACGUGUACUACCCCGGCGAGAUUCAAGUUUCUGAUAAACCUCAGAAGAACAUCGUUGGUUACGAUAGCCACAGCGCGUAUACAUUUGCCGACAACAAGAAGAAACCGCUGGGCGGAAACACCGAGCUCAGAAACAAUAUGGUCCUUCCCACCUCCGAUGUGUGUGCUGACUUCGCCUUGUUGUCCGGCGGAGCGGCGUUCAGUUCCAACAAUUUGGUGGACGCUAAACCGAAUCAGAAGAGACAAUUCGCACAGGUCACCGCCAGGAGGAUCGUCGAGGGUCUCAUGAAUGUCGAGAUCGAGAAGGAUUGCGUAUGCAAGCAGAGAUCUGACAGACUCCUUGCUCAAGCUCGUUGCAAGAUCGUAGGACGCAGAGAAAAGGAACCACUCGCGAGGCAAGUGAAGGGAGGAGUAAAGGGUUAAAGAAGCCACAGUACUGCGCCACACUACUAUUACUAAUUAAUUUAGAUGUAAUGUAUUUGUUACUUUGUUAUAAUAUCGCAAAAAACUUUUGAUAUAGGUGAUAAAUGAUAUUAUACAGUUGCAUCAUUCGCAGUACGUCGAUCACAGCCGCCGAGUACAGUGAGAAAAAGGUCAGAUGUCAGAUUCUAAUUGUCUCUCUCGCCACGAAUCCCUUCAUUUUUAUCUUUUUUUAGACAUAACGUAAACAUAUGUAUACAAAUUGUAAUGCAAACGUAAGACUAAAUUGGUGUACUAUUUAUCGAUGUACAACCAGCGAUCUUUUAUAGAGAGAAAUAAACGUUGAACACAUAUGCGUAA